AUGUCUCUUAUUUUUUUCGUGCUCGUCGUGUCCGCGCUUUUGGAAACUGCUCUUGCUAAAACCCGCUUGUUUGAAUGGAAUGUCACAGACAUAGAUAAUUUGGACGUUGAUAAAUCAGGCCAUCCUCGCUGGGUUAUGGGUGUCAAUAACCAAUGGCCCAUUGAACCACCGGUCGUCGACUAUGGCGACCAAGUGAUCAUCAAAAUGAGCAAUCAUCUCCGCGACAAUCGAACUUGUAGCUUGCAUUCCCAUGGCAUGUUUCAGCGCCAUAAUGGUUAUAUGGAUGGUGUUCCACAAAUGACUCAAUGCUCUAUCCCUGCUGGCUCUACCUUUUACUACAAUUUUACUGCUGUCCAAAACGGUACUUAUUGGGUCCACUCUCACGAUAUGAGUCAAUAUCCCGAUGGUCUUCGUACUUCAUUUGUUAUUAACAAUCCUAACGAGCCGUACGACUACGACGAGGAUUAUAUUAUCAGCUUGACCGACUGGUAUUAUGAACCCUUUUACAAACUCGUUCCUGAACAAUUCGUAACUUGGCACAACCCAACCGGUGCGGAACCUGUCCCCGACACCGGCCUCAUCAAUGAUGGCGUUAACUCUACCUUCAAAAUGGAACCGGGAAAAACGUAUCGAUUCCGUUUUGUCAAUCUGGGCGCAUUCAACAACUAUGACAUUAUGCUCGAGGAUCACAACAUGACCAUCAUCGAAGUCGAUGGUGAAUACACAAAUCCUCAAGAAGUAUCCUCUAUUCACAUAACCACUGCUCAACGUUACAGUGUUCUCGUGACAGCUAAAAAUUCCACCGACCGUAACUAUGCCAUGACCGCUUAUAUGGACGAAUCCCUCUUUGAUCAAGUCCCUAAAAAUUAUAAUCCAAACGUAACCGCUUGGCUCUCAUACAAUUCCGAAACCACUUAUAACUACGCAACCCCUGUCGAUGAAAUUGACAGCUAUGAUGAUGCAGAGUUACAACCUUUGUACGAUGUUUAUUGGGGAGAGGCCGAUCACAACGUCUCUCUCUGGUUUGAUUUCUUUACCCUUGGAGAUGGAGCAAGCUAUGCUGAAAUCAAUGAAAAAUCAUUCAAAUACCCAAAGGUUCCUGGCCUUAUGAUCGCCAAUUCUACUAACUAUGAUGAUUACAACACGAAACCCGUCACCUAUGGACCCUAUACCAAUGCCUUUGUAUUCGAUUACAAUCAAACUGUUGACGUUGUUAUCGAUAACCAUGAUACCGGCAAACAUCCUUUCCAUCUACAUGGCCACGUUUUCCAAGUUUUAGAACGAGGUGAAGAGAACGCUGGUGAAUAUAGCGACCAAACCGAGCAUAAAGUCUACGACCAUCCUGUUCGCCGUGACACCAUCGAAAUUCCUCCCGUAAGUUUUGUUCGUCUUCGCUUUUUGGCUGACAAUCCCGGUGCUUGGCUUUUACAUUGUCAUAUAGAAUGGCACAUGGAAAGUGGUUUGGUUGCAACAUUUCUGGAGGCACCCGAUCGAGUCCCCGAAAUAACUGCUCCCGAAUUUGUCCGCCAUCAGUGUGUGAUGCAAAAUAUUGAUAUUUCAGGUAACGGUGCUGGAAACGCUUACAAUAUUUCCAAUUUGACUGGCGCUCCUGCUCCUCCCGGUGAAAUGCCUGCUGGCUGGACAUCAAAAGCCAUCGCCACAAUGGCCAUGUGCGUUUUAUCAGCUUGUAUUGGUAUGGGAAGUAUAAUCUUUUAUGGCAUGCAAGUGCAUCCUUUGCCCACCGAGGAGCUUGACGAUGAAGAAGAUAUCAAAGCAGCUGCAGAAGAAAAUGCAGCAAAAUUAAUGAUACCCCCGUCUGACAUGUAA